AUGAAUCCUGGACUCGAUACUCUUCGUCACAAGCUCGAACAGACAUUGGCUCUCCGGCGCAAGAAAGGGCGUCUGAUCGAGCCGCCUUCGCCGGCAAAGCUGGACGGCUUGAUUGAUUUCAGCUCUAAUGACUCGCUGUCUCUCACUACUCCCGGGAUUCUGACCGAGGCUUUCCUGAAACAGCUCGAGAUGCAUUCUGCGUUCACCAUCGGAAGUACCUCGUCGCGGAUUUUGGACGGUACCAAGCAGUACCUGAUUGACCUCGAACGGGACAUAGCCAAGUUCCACCGUGCCAAAACAGCCAUGUUUUUCAAUUCGGGCUAUGAUGCCAACGUGGCGCUCUGGUCCACGAUUCCUCAGCCCGGUGACUUCAUUCUGUAUGAUGAGUAUGCGCAUGCGAGCAUCCACGAUGGGAUGCGCCGUGGUCGGGCGACCACUCUGUCUUUCAAACACAACGAUUGCCAGGCCUUCAAAUUGUGUUUGGAGAAGAUUCGAACCGAGAACUCGGGAAUAGCAGAGGGACGUCAGGUGGUAUUCGUCGCUCUCGAAUCCUUCUACAGCAUGGAUGGGGACUCCGCUCCCGUUGUCGAGCUGCUCGAGGUGGCGCACAAGGCACUCCCCCGGAAGAACUUUAUAUUUUCGAUGGACGAGGCGCAUUCCAAUGGGAUCAUGGGACCGAAUGGCUCUGGGUUUGUGUGUCACUACGGAUUGGAGGAGCAUUCCCCCAUCCGGCUUCAAACAUGUGGCAAGGCGCUGGGGUCCACGGGUGCUGCUCUUUUGUGCAACGAGACCAUCAAAUCUGUUCUCAUCAACUAUGCCCGAGGGAUUAUCUUCAGUACGGCACCGAGUUUCCUCAGUGUGGCUGCGGUGCGAGCAGGAUACGACAUCAUAGGCAGUAAAGAAGGCGAAGAUCGUCGAAAACGCCUUCAAAGCAAUGUGUACCGCUUCUACACACAAUUGACAUCGCAUCCAGAUUGGCCGCAGAUCAAACGCAAGGGCACUUUCUACCUCCCAACCGAACAUACUUGGUAUUUGGGGCCAUUCCAGUCUCCAAUCGUACCUCUGGUUCCUCAGCAUGACCUCGCAGUUAACCUGGAAAAGUACUUGGAGCAGGCCAAAUACAGGGUGAUUACCGUGCAUUACCCUAUUGUUCCAGACAGGACGGGUCGCGUUCGAAUUGUUUUGCAUGCAGAUCAUACUCCGCAGCAGAUUGAUCAUGUUGUGGAACUUAUCAUGCAGUGGGCAAAUAAGCAGGGGGCAAGAGGGGCUCAUUUGUGA